AUGUCGUCACUCGAGCAGUCCAUGAUGGAGCUCGAACAUAUGAGCGACUGUAUGAUGCGACCACGGUUCCCGUUUGGGGUGCGUCGAGAGAUGCUCGCCACUCCAACUCCAAAGCACGUCAUGUACACCGGGAAGUCGACGGACGAUGACGACUUCUUCGUCGACCUGUCUGUGGUGGCAUACAAGUAA